UGAUAAUGGCCAUAAAGGAACUGACAGUAAUUGUGGUGUUUUCUUGGAUUGUCUGUACUACUGGACAUGAAUUCUUCUCAUCAACAGAUAAAGUUGCACAGCUUUUUGAGGAGGAGAAAGACCUUCUGGAAAGCUUUAGUCUCUACAUCGAUGCUGAAGAAGAGAAUGUAUUGAUAAUGAAGAGUAUUCUUCUGGCUCUUCAACUACUCACAUACUUUGACAAUGAGAACCCUGAGAAAACCAUGAGAGACCCUGUGGCAGCUUACAAACUCGUCAGACGAGUGAGAAGUGAAUGGUUGACUAUUGUGGAAAUCACUCAACAAAGUCAUUAUGAGAAGUAUCAGGAACUGCUGGCAUUUGCAGAUAUCCCAGAGCUGGAGGAUGUGGAUGGUGCAGCUUCAGAACUGAUCAGACUGCAAGAGUUCUACAAACUCUACCCACACAACAUCACAAAGGAAACAUCUCUAGAUGCAGAUCAAGCCUACAAUGUAGGGUUGGUCGCUUAUGACGAGGACAAAUUCCAGCAUGCCUUUCUCUGGUUUCUGUACAGUCUGAACAGAUUAACAGAAUACUCAACCACAACUGAGAAAGAGUUGCUCAAUUAUCUUAGUUCCUCAGCUUAUCAUUUUGGCAGCCUAUCUGUGGCAAUCUACUUCAAACAGCGGCUUCUAAAUCUGGAUCCAACUAAUGACAAAGUCAGAGUUGAGCUGAGCCUUUACAAACUCCUUCGCUUACAGGGAACUUCAAAUCCUGACAUAUUCACGCUGAACACAAAAUCAAAAAACCUCUAUGAGGCACUGUGCAGAGGAGAAGUUGACGAGAGGACCUCCAAGAGGCAGAGGGCGCUGUCCUGUAGGUACAGCACAGGUGGAGGAAACCCCAGACUGAUGUAUGCACCAGUGAAAGAGGAAGUGGAGUGGGACGAGCCUCGAAUCAUCAGAUAUCAUGACAUUAUAUCAGACAGAGAGAUAGAGUUCCUGAAGAACAUCUCCAGACCUCAACUUUCUAGGUCUAUGAUUAGACAUCUGAGAGUCUCAAACCUCCGUACUUCUCAAAGUGUUUUUCUGGAGGAAGACAACACUGUUCUUGCUCGUAUCAGUCAGAAUAUUGCAGACAUCACAGGACUCUCCAUGGAAUCAUCUGAAUCUCUACAUGUUCAGAAUUAUGGGAUUGGUGGCAGAUUUGAACCACAUUAUGAUGCAUUGGAGGAUGAGAAUGGAAGGAUUGCUACGUUCUUAAUUUAUAUGAGUGAUGUGGAGAUAGGGGGCGCCACUGUGUUUCCUAAAGUUGGAGUUGCAUUGAAGCCAAAAAAGGGUUCAGCAGUGUUUUGGUACAACCUCCAAAACAAUGGCAGAGUGGAUUUUGAUACACAGCAUGCUGGAUGCCCUGUGUUAGUGGGUAACAAAUGGGUGGCUAAUAAAUGGAUCCAUGAGUUUGGACAGGAGUUCAGGAGACCCUGUUCUUUGUCAGACUGGGAGUAGUUCCGGACUCCAAUUCCCAUAAUCCUCCCUGCCAGUCACCUGCACACACUUCACACUAAUCACUAAUCACCACACCUAGCUGCAGCACAUUAACUGGACUAUAUAAGACUCUCAUUCACCACACUCAUUUACCAUUGCCUGUUUGACCACGAGUUCUGCUAAUAAAGCUUGCAGAUGGAUCUUA